CCCGUGAUGCUGAAGAAUGUCAAUGUGGAGCCGAGUCUUCCCAAUGCUGUCAUCAUCUUAUUCGAGAGACUCACAAUAAUGUCGACGUCAACACGAAACAACACAACGGAUCCACCUGGGCGGCUAGUGACGAUGUGAUUGACAGGUGUGGUUUGCAGUGAGGCUACUGGGUCGCGCUGCUUGAGGAGUUGAACACAUAUCGAGCUCACAAAUGUUCGAUCCCCCGGCGAAGGUCUAUGUAGACAACUGGGACAUCGCAGUGCUGGAGAGUUGAGUGAUAGCAUGAAGGGCCCCAGCUCCAGAUGGGCCUUCUCCCUGGGCUUCCUGGUGGGAGCCUGCAGCCUCUACUUCUUCCUUCACCAGGUGUGGUUUGAGAGGAGCUACCCUGUGCUGUCGGAGGCUCAGGAGCGAGGCAGAACAGUCGGGGAGACACCAACCAGCUGGAGGAAGGAGGGAGCCGCUCUCUUCGGCCUGCUCCACCCUCAACAUGCAGAUGAAGACACCAGGGUGGCAGAUGUGUUGUACCAGAAGGUCCGUAUUCUCUGUUGGGUGAUGACAGGGCCGUAUAACCUGCAGAGCAGGGCCCACCAUGUCAGGGCCACCUGGAGUCGCCACUGCAACAUGGUGGUGUUCAUGAGCUCCGUUCAUGACACCGACUUCCCCACUGUGGGACUGGGCACUAAGGAGGGCCGUGACCAGCUCUACUGGAAGACUAUCCGAGCCUUCCACUAUGUGUACGAGCACCAUGCGGAUGAAGCGGACUGGUUCUUAAAAGCGGACGAUGACACCUAUGUGGUGGUGGACAACCUGCGCUGGAUUCUGUCCAACCACACCCCCGAGCAGCCCAUCUAUUUUGGUAAACGCUUCAAGCCUUACACCAAGCAAGGCUACAUGAGUGGAGGAGCAGGUUAUGUGCUCAGUAAAGAGGCCCUCAGGAGAUUCGUGGAAGGCUUUCGGACCAAGGUUUGCACACACACCACCCCUGUAGAAGACCUGGCACUCGGGCAGUGUUUGGAGAAGAUGGGCGUCCAGGCUGGAGACUCCAGAGAUACUUUGCACCGAGAAACUUUUCAUCCAUUUGUGCCAGAGCACCAUCUAACUGGCAAGUUCUCCAAGAGCUUCUGGUACUGGAGCUAUUGUUACUAUCCAAUCGUUGAGGGUCCACAGUGCUGCUCUGACCUGGCAGUAUCGUUCCAUUAUGUGGAAGCAGAGCUGAUGUACACACUGGAGUAUUACACCUACCACCUGAGAGCGUACGGCUACAGGCCGCGCUAUCAGCCGUCACUUCGCCGGGGUCUCAGCCUCGGGACCCUCGCACAGCCCGCUGUGACGGCCAGAUUUAAAGGAGCUCAAGAGGUGACAGACGGAAGGAUUCACACGACUGCAGCCUUUUCUGUCGGUGCCAACCAAACCAAAGGGAAGAUGGAGUCGGAAGAAGGGGGGAGAGACCCUGUGAACUCACAACUCACUGAGAACAGGACGGCACUCUCACACGACAGAAAACACUGAUCAUGUGUUUUAUACUCUGAUGUGUCUGAUUGAAUCUAGAGACUCUUGUUUCUACUUUGACUCAGUGAUGCGGCUGAUAGAAGUCGUGACGGCUUCCACGACUGUGCCAGAGAGUGUAUCACCACAGCCAGUGUGACACUGUAAGCCCUCGGCACAGUCUUAUUCGGUGGCAGCUGCAAAUGGCUCAGCUAUUUUCAAAGAAGAUAAACACCCUGUUUAGCUUAAUUAAACCUGACAUGUCUGAGGUUUGACACGACAGUCAUAGUUGUGUGCUGGGGGCGAUGCAGGAUAUUUUCAUCUGUUUCAUGUGUGGGCCAGUAAUGCAGUGACGGAUGUCUGUAAUGAUUUUAUUUUUCAUUUGUUUUAAUUCAUUAAUUGUUUUAGAUUUUCUGUAAACUGAGAACAGCAGUGACAGCCUAUGAACACUUUGCUUUUCUGAUGUUAAAUCUGAUAUUCUGGUGUUACUGUUUAGAUGUUUAAGUUUGUUUAACAAAUUUUUUUUAAAUGUUUUAUUGUGUGUAUUUUACUUUACUUUACUUUUUAAUUUUUUUUUUUUUAAAUUGAGUCCUCUUGGAACCCACAGUCAGCAGUGAUUUUGUUUUCCUGCAGUGUGCACCUGAAACCCUGUUUGAAAACACUGCAGCCUCUGAUGAACACAAUAUUAUACAGAACUCCAUAGAAUUCCUCUUGUCAAGUCAUUUUACACAACACAGCAGGGACACACGGCAGCGGAUGGUAUUGAAUGUGACUGCCUGCUCUUAAGCCACGAUUUUAAAGGAUCAAUCAAACAGCUGCAGAAAAAUGCACCCAUGUUUCAAAUGAAUAAAUUCUGUAUAAAAAAAUUCUUUAUUUUGAACUUUGAAGAAACAGAAUGACAUGAUACAGAAAUUGCCACAGUUCACGUCUGAUGUUUUUUUCCGGGUAAAUCAAAUACAAUCUGUGUAGUUUAUGGUCAUUCUCAUGAGCCAGUCGAAAGUUUUACACGUAGGAAUCAUGUUGGUUUGGUCAUUUUCAUCAGACACUUGAUUUAUUGUUUGUGUUGUCGUCGAUGACUGUUGUUUCAGUGUCUACAGCCCCUGAAGAAACCUGCAACAAAACACAUGCACCACACAUGUAUCAGUAUAUAUUUAUAUACACAAGAUAAUGGGUUAAAAUCAAUGAUUUAAUGCACAGUCAAACUCUAAACACCCUUUUACAUUUGAGUUGCAAUGUUCAUUUUCUGUUUUGCAUACAGAAGAUAUAAAGACAUGUUAUGAGUCAGCACCACUUAAAACAGGACAUUAAAACUUGAACAGCAGGAAUAGUUUUUUAUCCUUUAUCAGUCAGGUUUAGUGUGAAUUUUAUUUGUAUAAGUGAUGGAGACAUAAUGUUCUAUCCAUUGAUUGAAAAGGGAGAGACACCCACCUCAGUCUGCACUUGUUCAGAAAAAUGCCUCUCCUCUCUUGGUUCUCUCUCCUCCGGCCAUUAUCUGUGAGAGUAGACAUGAUAAAAUAAUCCCAUACACUGCGUGAGACAAACCUGAAAUCCCAUAAAAGCUAUAACAAGGUGAUUGUAGAUAUUCGACUCUUGUAAACUCACUCACCAGGCUCUGAGUUCCUCCUCCCCAUAAGACCAACAAAUAUGUCAUGCAUUUCUCCUAUCAAGAAGAAUGAGAUCCAUUAAAUUGUGUUUUUUCAAUCACUUCAUUAUAUGAUUAAUAAAAGACAAAAGUCUUACUUUUU